CAACAAAAUGAAAAAUUCCUAACUCCGGGUACGGGGGAGCGAACUGAACUGACGGGAGAACAGAGCAGUCUCCGGCUGAUCUCUUGCUUUCGCCACGGUGCCACAACCGCAAGGCCAGGAGGCGGACGGACGCCAUUUCGACGUCGGUGAAACGAAGCCCUCGCCGUAGUCCGUACAGCUCAGCUCAUACACAGUACGCUUCUCCCUCUUCUUCUUCGACCUGCACUGUUCAGGCUGCUCUCUUCGCUUCUUCCCCUUCUCCCUUCUCCUAUGCUAGAAACCUUGUGUUUCUACCUUUAAUUACGCCUCCGCUCCCCAUCAUCGAUGAAAUCUCAGCAGAAGCUGCUGCUCAUGAGCUUGAACUCCGGUCUCUCGGGGGAGAUUCUGUCCGACCACUUUGCCUUCCGGCGCCUAUUUAGCUGUCUCUACAUUCCUGGACGGACUUUGAGCUCCCGGGUCACCGUGCGGUGCGCUGCCGGAGCCGCUGAUUUCUUCGAUAAGGAAUGGACUGAGCCGCAGUCCGACGCGAGUCUCAAGGUCGAGUUCGAUGCUUCCGCUGCGUGUAAGAAGUUCCCCUCGAUCAUCAUUGGCAGUUCGAGGAGAGUGGAGCUGUAUGAUGGUGGCUCUGGUUCGGUUCAGGGUCGUGAGGAAGUUUUGUCGGAUUCAAUGGGAGAAAGUUGGGCUCUCCCCGCGAGAUUUUGCGAGCAGUGGUCUUCAUUGCCUCUUCACCUUCAAGAGGUUAACUCUUCGUCAGAAGUACUAGAAAUUGAUGGAAAAGUAGACACUUUGCUGUCGGAUAAUUCCGUCAAAACGGAGAUUGAGAGACUCGCUGAUGACCCAGCCGAAGUAGAAGAACAAUUGACAAAAGCUACUGCGAGUCCGAGUUCAACUUCAGAUGUGACAACUGUUGAAGUAUUGCUCGAUCAGCCCAUCGGUUCACUCCGCGGAUUAAGCAAGAGGCAGAGCAGUCAAUUGGAAAAGCUCGGGUUUCACACGCUGCGGAAGCUGCUGCACCAUUUUCCCCGAACUUAUGCAGAUCUGCAGAACGCGCAAAAUGGGAUUAAUGAUGGGGAGUACUUGAUUUCAGUUGGCAAAAUUAUCUCUUCCAAAGGAAUCAGGGCAGGAUACUCUUUCGGAUUUCUGGAGGUAAUUGUGGGUUGUGAGAUAGGGGACACAAGCUCAUCUUCCAAUAAUUUUGGUGCUUAUGAUGAUAGAAAAGAGAAGAAGAUGAUCUAUUUGCAUCUAAAGAAAUUUUUCCGCGGAACACGUUUUACUAGCCAGCCUUUUCUCAGAAGUCUCCAAGAGAAGCAUAAAAUUGGGGAUACUGUAUGUGUGAGUGGUAAGGUGAAGACUAUGAGUGCUGGAGAUCAUUAUGAAAUGAGAGAAUAUCAUAUAGAUGUGCUUGAAGAUGAUCAAGUCUCAUCUGUUUGCACUGAAGAGAGGCCCUACCCAAUAUAUCCUUCAAAAGGAGGUUUACCUCCAACUACUAUCAGCGCUGCAAUAACAAGUGCAUUACAAGCCUUGACUGUCAAUGUGGAUCCCAUCCCUCAAGAUAUCCUUCAGGAGUUUGGCCUUUUAGGUCUUUAUGAUGCAUACAUGGGGAUUCACAAGCCAAGGAAUAUAUAUGAUGCCGAUUCUGCUCGCAAAAGGUUUAUAUUUGAUGAGUUCUUCUAUCUGCAGUUGGCGAGGUUAUUCCAAAUGCUUGAAGGUCUCGGUACAGAAAUAGAAAAAAAUGGAUUGUUAGACAAAUAUAGAAAACCUGAAUUGAGCUCUACGUAUGUUGAGGAUUGGUCCAGUCUCACUCAGAAGUUUCUCAAAACGCUUCCGUAUACCCUAACUUCUGGCCAGCUGAAUGCUGUAUCGGAGAUCAUAUGGGAUCUAAAGAGGCCAGUUCCUAUGAAUCGACUUUUGCAGGGAGAUGUCGGAUGUGGGAAAACUGUGGUAGCUUUUUUGGCUUGCAUGGAGGUUAUUGGGUCAGGGUAUCAGGCAGCUUUCAUGGUCCCUACUGAACUGCUCGCUGUCCAACAUUACGAACACUUGCUUGAGUUGCUUGAGAAAAUUGACCUCGAAUGCAAACCCUCCAUUGCUUUACUGACUGGUUCAACCUCUGCAAAACAGUCACGGAUUAUUCGUCAGGGUCUUGUAAGUGGACAAAUCUCAAUGAUCAUUGGCACUCAUUCUUUGAUUGCUGAGAGUGUAGAGUUUUCAUCCUUACGAAUUGCAGUGGUGGAUGAGCAACAUCGUUUUGGCGUGAUCCAGAGAGGGAGAUUUAACAGUAAGCUGUGUUAUGCUCCUACGAGUUUGAGAACUGUGGAGUCUCCCAAUGAUAAUAAACCAAAGGUUGAUGCAUCUAUGGCGCCUCAUGUCCUUGCCAUGUCAGCAACUCCUAUCCCGAGGUCACUUGCCCUCGCUUUGUAUGGAGAUGUGUCUCUUACACAGAUAACAGACUUACCUCCUGGAAGAAUUCCUGUCGAGACGCACAUUAUUGAGGGAAACGAGCAUGGAUUCGAAGAGAUGUACGAUAUGAUAUUCGAUGAGCUGGAAUCUGGUGGUAAAGUCUACCUUGUCUACCCUAUCAUCGAGCAAUCGGAGCAACUCCCUCAGCUCCGCGCUGCUGCUUCUGAUCUUGAAUCAAUAUCAAAACGAUUUCUUAAUUACAAUUGUGGCCUAUUACAUGGUAAGAUGAAGAGUGACGAAAAGGAGGAAGCACUGAGGCGAUUCCGAUCUGGGGAGACUCAAAUCCUCCUUGCAACCCAAGUAAUCGAGAUUGGGGUCGACAUCCCUGAUGCAUCAAUGAUGGUUGUAAUGAACGCAGAGAGGUUUGGGAUUGCCCAGCUGCACCAGCUAAGGGGACGGGUUGGGCGUGGGUCUCGGAAGUCCAAGUGUGUAUUGUUGGCAUCUGGUCCAAGCAGCUGUAUGAGGUUGAAGGUGCUUGAGAAUUCGUCAGAUGGGUUCCACCUCGCGAACAUGGACCUACUGUUGCGUGGGCCAGGGGACUUGCUAGGAAAGAAGCAGUCCGGGCACCUUCCUGAGUUCCCUGUCGCUAGGCUCGAGAUUGAUGGGAAUAUAUUGCAAGAGGCACAUCUAGCUGUACUGAAAAUAUUGGGUUCUUCUCAUAAUUUGGAUUGGUACCCGAAACUCAAAGCGGAGCUCAGCAUGAGACAACCGCUCAGUUCCCUCGGUGACUGACUGAUUGUACGACCGAAGUACCACAUCCUUGCUGCAGACAGAAAUGGAUCAAGUUAGGGCUCUCUUAUGUUUAAAGCACCGGUACAUAGCUCUUUCCUUUUUAUCACUUUUUCUUCAUGUUUUGCUGGUGAAGUUUAGCACUCUUUUUCAGAAAACGUAGCUUGUACAUAGAAGAGAAGCUCAUCGGUCUUCAUCUUGAUGGUCUUCUUUUACGGGAUGGUUUAGAAUCGUUAUAUGUUGUCUGCCGAAUCUCGUGAAGAUAUGCUUUGCAAAGCACGUGAAGGGGAGAUUUCGAUACAAUUCUGGUCGCAUAUCCAAAACCAGAAGUUUAUAGCUUUCCUUGCCAUCUCAGUUCUUAAAGUUCAUAUCCACUAUAUCUUGGGACCGUCCGGGGUCCAUCACCUCACUACAAUUCUCAUCAUUCGAUGUCAUUCGAAUGAAUGCAUUUGACACUAACAUAUAUACUCAACAAAAUCUUCAUAGAUAAGAGUAGCUGCAUUUUUUUUUUUUGAAAUGCAUCUCGGUCUGUCGAUGUUUUAUAUAUAACGGGAUCAUCACUCAACUUGGACAAAAAAACAUUGGUCUUCGGUA